GUAUGUCACCCCAAACGGUGGGAAAGGUUGACAGUCGCUAAGCAUCAUAGUCAUAUCUGGCAAGGGAAAGUCGUCCCCGUCGCCAUAGCCAGCUAUUCACUGUUGACCUUGGCACUACCGUUGCGUGUUCGUUCGACAUCACCAUGGAUGAGCCUAUUCGCGUCCUCGUCACUGGAGCUGCCGGUCAGAUCGGCUAUGCUCUGGUUCCGCUGAUUGCCAGGGGGCAUUUGUUGGGCGCGAACCAGCCCGUCAUCCUGCACAUGUUGGACAUUCCCCCAUGCGCCGACUCUCUCAAGGGUGUGGAGAUGGAGCUUUUGGACGGUGCCUUCCCGCUUCUUCGAGGUAUCGUUGCUACGACGGAUGUGGUGGAGGCUGCGACGGGUGUGAAGGUUGCGGUUAUGGUGGGCGGGUUCCCUCGUAAGGCUGGCAUGGAGCGCAGAGAGGUUAUGGGCAAGAAUGUCACCAUCUACAAGGAGCAAGCAGCCGCCUUGGACAAGUACGCUGAUAAGAGCGUGAAGCAGCGGGGAGCUGAGAUCAUCAAGGCCAGGAAAUUCUCCAGCGCUCUAUCAGCUGCCAGCGCCGCAUGCAACCACGUGUACAAUUGGCUGAAUGGAACACCGGAGGGUACUUGGGUUUCCAUGGGAGUUUACUCCGACGGAUCGUACGGCGUGCCUGCGGGUCUCAUCUACUCCUUCCCUGUCACCUGUAAGAGCGGCGAGUGGGAAAUCGUCCAAGGUCUGUCGAUUGACGACUUUUCGAGGGGUAAGAUGGACGCCACUGCGGCCGAGCUUUUGGACGAGAAGAAUUUGGCCGAUUCCAUCAUCAAGGGCACUUAGGAAAGGCGGGCACCGUGACUGUAGACACAAUCCACUAGCGAUCUGGUUGGUGGAUGAAGACACAAUUCAGAAGCGCUGUAGUUGAGCGAUGAAGAGCAUUGAAGACACAAUCGAGUAGCGCUCUAGUACUUGGUGGAUAAGGACAAUUCAGUAGCGCUAUAGUUGGUGGACGACGACACAAUUCAGAAGCGCUGUAGUUGGUCGAUGAAGAGCAUUGAAGACACAAAGACACAAUUCAGAAGCGCUGUAGUUGGGCGAUGAAGAGCAUUGAAGACACAAUGGAGUAGCGCUCUUGUACUUGGUGAUGAGUUUCGAAGGGUAUGACCCAAGGAUGUGUGGAAGAAGACGGAAGUGACAGACGUGGAGAGAUGCUGCCAUUUGUUUUGAGAAGGUUCUUCACUAUGGGUUGGGAACUUUGGGAUAAUAUCGGUUUAUGAUAGGAAAGGAUUUUUUUUUAUUUUUUUUUUUGAGGCAAGGAGUUUUCCAGGUGCCCUUGCCAAGGAUGCGUCUAGGAGAUCUGGCACUUCGUUUUAUCAAUUCGAAAUUUUAACACAUGCGGAUACGGCUGAGGUGCUUCAGAGUAACUGUUGUCGUCUGCAAGGGUUGCUUCAGUCAAAAGUUGGUAUUUUGCAGAGUUACUUUGGUUAAGAAGUUUUUAUGGGGUUCCUUUGGUCAAGAAUGGGUUAGGCGAAACUUAAGAAGACGGAAGUUGGCCAUGUGGCAGACGUGGAGAGAUGCUUCACCAUUUUUUCUGAAUUUUCUCGAGUUCUUUUGGAAUGAUGACAAUUGUUCUGAUCGUGAGCAGAAUUCUUUGGCAAAUUUGCGCUUGUCAGAAUUUUUUGAAGACUUAGUUUGGAUGGUGGUAGUUGAUAGGUCGGUGUCGUGGUUCAUUUUGUUUUGCUUAUUAUCCCGCAGCAAUCAACGUAUUACAUUUUG